AUGCCGAUGUCGAUGUCGCGGCCGGUACUGGUGCCGGUGCUGGUGCCAGCUGUUCGGACGACAGAGCCUGAGGGCGCCGAGGACAGCGAGGAGAACAGAGACCCGUGGCCGGCGGACGCAGACGAAGAUCCGUCGUUACGGCUGAAGAGGGCUGUGUUUGGCGAGGUGGUGCGGAAGGGGAAGAUUGGAAAGGUCAAGGAGAUGCUGGCCGCCAUGGAGGGCUGCGACCUGGCCGCCGGCAUGCUCCAGAUCGGCACCACUCCGCUGCAUCUGGCGGUCACCGCUGGCUCCAAGGCCGCGGACAUCAUUCAGCUACUGGUCGCCCGUGGCGCUGACAUUGCGGCGAGCCGGCCGAGCGAUGGUGCCACCCCGCUGCACCUCGCCGCCACCGUUAAGGAUCCAAAGCCGCUGCGGACCCUGGUUCGCAUCGCUGUCGACCGCGGCAUCGCCGAGGCGCUGCUCGGCACCCGUGACGCCAACGGCGCCAUGCCACUCGACGUCGCUGUUGCCGCCAAGCGCAAAAAGGUUGUUGCCGAGCUCAAGAGCCACCUGCCGCCACCGCUGGCCAUCGCCCCGCUCGAGAGUGAUGACGCGGUCAGAGAGCUCGCGCUGGCCAUUUUGGCCGGCAAAGACAUGGCCGUUGUCGAUGCCCUUGCGCCGCUCUCCUGGAUCGCUCCUCUGGCCGGUCGCGAGCUCGGCCCCUCGCUCGCCGCCCAACUGGCGAACCGCUGGAAGAGCCGCGAGCCGCCCAUCUCCGACGCAUGGACGCUGCUACAUCUUGCCACCGCGCAGGGAAACGUCCGCACCGUCACACUGCUGCUCGCUCGCGGUGGCGCGGUCGAGCAGCGCGCUGGUAUCGCGGCAGACGCCGUCACCCCGCUGCACGUCGCUGUCGCCGCCUCGCAGCUCGCCGUCGUCAAGGCUCUCAUCGACGCAGGUGCCCGUUUGGAACGCGACGCCGCCGGCCGCACCGCGCUCGAUCUCGCCCACUCGCUCCGCUCCGGCCGCAAGUUUGUCAAGGCGCUUUCCCGCGCCUCGCAAGAGAGCCAAUGCCCGAACCCGGCGCCAGUCUCCGACCCCGCUCCGCCGGCCGACUCGCAUCUGGACGUCGACGGCCGCCCGCUGCCGCAGCAUUGGUCGCGCAAGACUCACGAUGACGGCCGCCCGUUCUAUGUUGACCACGUGGCCAAGGCCACAACCUGGAUCUCGCCGCUCGCGUCGCAAAGCGAGGCGGAAGUCCCACCGCAGCCAGUCCGCAACGACUCGCCUGAGCCCGAUCCGGCCAUUGACUCGUCGUCGCACGCCCCCAGUCCUGCCCGCGUCGACGUCCGCACCAUCAGCACCGCCUCGUCGCCGCUCGCCGAGCAGGAGUCUGUUGUCCGUGUUGACGAGGCCGCCAAAGCUGCCGUGGCCAGCGCAAAGGCCGAACAGCUUGCGCGAUCCAAUGCAGAGCUCGCUGCCGCCAAGGCCGAGCUCCAGGCUCGCGUCGCUGAGCUCGAAGCCCAGGUCGUCGCCGCCAGUGACGCUAGCGCCAAAGCUGCUGCCGCAGCAAAGGCCCGAGAUGCCGCUGAGCGCGACGCUGCAGAUUUGGCCGAUCAGGUCGAAGUCUUGCGCGCCAAGCUCUCGUCUAAGACCUCGCUGCUGAAGCAGCGCGACGCGGUUCACCGCAAAAAGCUCGCCGCGCUCGACAGCAAGCUCGCUGCCGAGCGCAAGACCUGCGCCGACGCCCAGGCUGCCGCCGCCGCUGCCACCGCCCGCGCCGAGAUGGCCGAAGACGACCAGGCCGGCACAGCCGAUCUGCUCGCUGCCGCGAACGCCCGCUGCGCCGAUCUCGAGCGCGAGCUUGCUACCGUCCAGGACUCACUUGCCGCCGCCCGCGUUGACGCCGAAAACGUCGCUGAGGCUCGUGCUGCCGCCCGCGCUGAGCAGGUGGCUGCCGCUAACGACAUAGUCGCCGAGAAGCUCCGCGCCGACUUGGCGGCCGCUACUGCCGCUGCUGCCAGUGACGCCGCUGCUGCUGCCGCCGCCGCCGCCGCCGCCGCAUCCCGCGAGCACGACCUCCAACUCGAGCUUGCCGCCGCCAAGGUCGCCCGCACUGCAGUCGAGGACCGCACCGCCGAGCUUGAGGCCCAGGUUGGCGAGCUUGAGAUUGCGCUUGCCGCCGUCCGUGACAAGCUUGCCCUUGCCGAUGCUGAGCUCAAAGUGGCCGCCAGUGCCCGUGUUGCCCACGCCGAUCACUCCUCGUCGUCAUCCUCCUCGACCCAUCCUGCUUCUCCAUCUCACGCUCCCUCACCCUCGCCAUCGUCGGCGUCGGCAUCGGCAUCGGCGUCGGAGUCGUCUUCGGCCCUCGCCGACAGUGAGCCCGUCGCCGCCAUGCCCUCGACGCGCUCGGUAUCCGAUUCGGACGCGUCAACGGCGGCCUCUUCGGUCGCUCCUGCUGCGACAGCUCCUACUCGUUCAUCACCGUCGCCGGAGCUCGCCAGUCUUCAGGCUCAAGUUACCAGCCUCACAGCGACCAUCGCCAAGCUCGAGGCCCGGGUCGGGACGACCGCAACGGCGCCGGAAGCGCCGGUUGUUGCCGUGGCGACGCCACGCGGUGUCGCCCAGCUCCAGCAGCGGAUCGCGGUGCUUGAAGCUGAAGUCGCCGCCGGCGGCCCAGCGCGCCCGGUCCAUCCGCCUCACUCGCCGGCGGCUGCGGCCUCGCCGCGUUCAAAGUCGCGAGCACUGCGGCGGGUGGUGCCGGCGGCUCAAGCGUCGGCCGAGGCGCCACCAGCUCGCAGAUCGAUCGCAGAGCAGCGGCGGCGCGGGUCCGGCACACGGUCGAUGUCGCUAGCAUCCGGCCAAAUGGAGGCCGACAUAGCGCGGCUAGCGCCACCGCUCCCGGACUGGCGAACUCCGCCGAUGGCGCCCCGGAACGUUGGCGGGCGAUGGAAGACGCCUCGCCGGACCACGCCCGGCACGUUCCAGGCCCGCUCUGCCCGGCGGCGCAAUUUGCGUGGCGACGAUCUGGUGCGGGCGCACACACCGCUACGGAUGGAACAGGCCUACGAGCUCAUGGUCGAGCUCAUCUCGCCGACCAAGGUCGGGAGCGCGCUCCUUGCACGCUCCUCGCCGUCGUCAGCCUCGCCGUCGCGGCGGCGUCCCUCGCCGUCAGUCUCGCCAACCAAGACAACACAGGACCUACCGCCGCCGCCGCUCAACGAACCCGCCGCCAUCAACAUGGACGCCAUCGAUGCCGCCAUCGAGAAGAUCCUCGCCUCGUGA